AUGGUUGGGGUACUGUAGUUGUACUGUAGAGGUAAUCGGGAAUUUUCUGGGAACCUUCAAUUACUACAUUGAUCAUGUUCACUUUUUUGCUCUGGUGCUUGGAACUUUUCUUGGAGCAUUACAUGUUAUAGUACUCACCAGAAAGUGUAUGAGAAAACUUAGUAUUAAUUUAUUUUUGGCUGGAAUUGCGAUUGCUGACUGUAGCCGGUGCAUAUUUCUAGUAACUAUUUUUGUUCCAAAUAUCAAUCAACGUUAUUUAAACGAUGACUCAUGGUAAUUUAUAAUUUUUACACAGUUUUUGUUAUUUGUAGUAUAUUCCGAUAAUUACAGUUCCCUGUCGAACUCGCCUCUGGUGAUCUUUACCCAUAAUAUUUCGGCAUCAUCGGCGAAAAUUGCGGAAAACAUUUCAGUUUGGUUUGGUGUUACUAUCGCAGUCAUUAGAACUCUUGUCAUGAGAAAUCCACUGAAUAGCAGGUAUACUAUUAUGCCGUCUUUUAGAUUGAAACUUUUCAAAUUUAGAAUUACUUGCUUGACUGAAGCCAAAUAUGGCUCAAGAAUCAUCAUAUUAAUUUCAAUCGCUAUGUUCCUAUUGUGGACAUUCAACUAUUUAAGGCUAGAUUCGGCAACAGUUGGAGGAUGGCAACCACUUACUAAUUGUUAUAAUUUUUCGGAAAAUUCCACCAAAAUUGUGCUUGUAAAUGCACCAGGAGCGGAACUGCUUGGCAGCUUGGCAUUAAUCCCUUCGGUUGUUUUACCAAUUUCCACUAUUCGAUUAGUAAAUGAUUUGAGAGAAGCCGAAAAAACUUCAAGUUGCACUAAUAGCUCAGCAAGCAGCCGUAAUACCCUGCGAUCUAUAAAACUAGCAACUUUUAUGACAAUAUCACACAACCACACCGCAUGGAUUGAUGUACAUUAUUGGGGUCUUCACCGCAAGUACGCCAGGUCUAAAGUAAGUUAAUCGGAAUCUACUUUAAAAAAAACAUUGUCUUCAUUACAGUAUGAUACUAUUGAAAAUUUUGAUGCUGUUCAAAUUUCUGACAACCCUCAACGGUAUUUUCCACAUUUUGAUAUGCUAUUUUAUGUCAUCACAAUAUCGGAAUACAGCAGACAAAUUACUUGGAAGUCCACUGUUUAAAUCUAAAUUCUUUGUCCAUUCGUCUUGA